UAGGUUUGAGUUGUGUUGACUACCACUGCUUUUUCCUUGGUCUCAAUUAUGGCUUGGAAGAUGGCUCUGCAGAUCCCUGGAGGCUUGUGGGCGGCAGCUGUGACCUUGAUGCUGGUGAUGCUGAGCACCCCAGUGGCUGAGGGCAGAGACUCUCCCCUUAAAUUCCCCGCAGAGGAUUUCGUGGUCCAGUUUAACGGCAUGUGCUACUUCACCAACGGGACGGAGCGCGUGCGGGGUGUGGCCAGAUACAUCUAUAACCGCGAGGAGUACGCGCGCUUCGACAGCGACGUGGGGGAGUUCCGGGCGGUGACUGAGCUGGGGCGGAGCACCGAGGACUGGAACAACUAUAAGGACUUCUUGGAGCAGCAGCGGGCCGCGGUGUACACGGUGUGCAGACACAACCACGAGGCGGAGCUCCGGACGACCUUGCAGCGGAGAGAGAAGCCUACAGUGACCAUCUCCCCAUCCAGGACAGAGGCCCUCAACCACCACAACCUGCUGGUCUGCUCGGUGACAGAUUUCUAUCCAGGCCAGAUCAAAGUCUGGUGGUUUUGGAAUGACCAGGAGGAGACAGCCAGCAUUGUGUCCACCUCCCUCAUUAGGAACGGCGACUGGACAUUCCAGAUUCUGGUGAUGCUGGAAAUGACUCCCCAGUGUGGAGACAUCUACACCUGCCAUGUGGAGCACCCCAGCCUCCAGAGCCCCAUCACCGUGGAGUGGCGGGCUCACUCCAAAUCUGCCUAGAGCAAGAUGCUGAGUGGAAUUGGGGGCUUUGUGCUGGGGCUGAUCUUCCUCGGGCUGGGCCUCGUCAUCCGUCACAGGGGUCAGAAAGGACGUCGAGGGCCUCCCCCAGCAGGGCUCCUGCACUGACUCCUGAGGACUUUUGUCUGGGAUUGGUUAUCACUUUUCUAUAAUGCCCGCCUGCCCCUGCCCAGAAUUUCUAACUGCCUGUGUCGCCUGUCUCCCUGAGGUCAGAGUCCUACAGUGCCUCUCAUGCAGCCACCGGGCCACCUCCUGUGAUCCCCACCCCAGGGUGCUGGCUGUGACUCUGCUUCCCGCACUGACCCCGAGCCUCUGCCUGUGCACUGCAAGCUGUGUCUACUCAGGCCCCAAGGGGCUUCUCUGUUUCCCUUCUCCCCACCCCAGACCUGUCAACACAAAAUCAUUUACCUGACUUUAGAGCUUUUCGCGUAAUUAAACGUGAUUCUGAGUUA